AAACCAAAGGCAAAGCGCGAAAACUUAAAAAGCCACUCAAUUAAAACCCCCGAAAAACCCUGCACCGUCGCUCUCCGCCGCGCGUGUUCUCCAACUUCCGGCGUCUCUCUGACAUUACUUUUCAGAGUUUCGCAUUCUCACUCUGUUUUCCACAUGCAGGGAACAUUUUUUACAGCUUUAAUUCGCAGUUUCCUACUUUAGCCAGCAAUUACAAGGUAUAUUUUUACUCACCACGGGACCCUAGGUUUUAUGAGUUAGAUUUUUUCCCUCUGCUUUUGAACAUUUGGUACUUGGUGAAGACUGAAGAUGCUCUACUUCUUUUGGCAAAAUCAUGGGUUACAAUUUUGAAAUGCUGGAAUUCUACUCUUGGAGAGGUGAAUGAGCAGGCAAAUAGAGAUGAAGACACAUGUGAAUAUGGUGAAAGGAAGAGGUCCCAGCAGGGUGAACAGCCAACAUGUUGUUUUCGAGCUUAAACAACGUGUGGUUCUUGCGCUGAACAAGCUUGCAGAUAGGGAUACUUACCGACUUGGAGUUGAAGAGCUAGAGAAAAUAAUUGAAUGCUUAACCCCAGAUGGAGUUGCUCCAUUUCUAUCCUGUAUAUUAGAUACUGAUUCGGAGCAGAAAAGUGCUGUUCGUAAGGAAUCUAUCCGGUUGAUGGGCAUGCUAGCCAACUUCCAUGAUAGUAUUGUUGUUCCACAUCUUGCGAAGAUGGUAUCCAGCAUUGUUAAGCGUCUCAAGGACUCGGAUACUGUUGUAAGAGAUGCUUGUGUGGAUACUGUUGGAAUUUUGGCUUCUAAAAUGAGCAGUGUUGCAGGUGACAAUGACAAUGAUGGAGUUUUUGUGGUGCUAGUGAGACCUAUUUUUGAAUCCUUGGGAGAACAAAAUAAGCAGGUGCAAACUGGUUCAGCUCUGUGUUUGGCUCGGGUCAUAGACAGUAUUCAGAACCCUCCAGCUGCCAUUUUGCAGAAGAUGCUGGCUAAAACUGUGAAGUUGCUUAAGAAUCCACACUUCAUGGCAAAGCCAGCUGUUAUUGAAUUGAAUAGAAGCAUUAUUCAGGCUGGUGGUGCCAAUACACAUAGUGCUUUAUCAACUGCAAUGGCUAGCAUUCAAGAAGCACUCAAGAACAGCGAUUGGGCAACAAGAAAAGCUGCAUGUGCAGCAUUAGGGGACAUUGCUUCAACUGGUGGAGCAUUAUUCAGUGCUUUCAAGUCCUCCAGCAUCCGGAGCCUCGAAUCUUGUCGAUUUGAUAAGGUGAAACCAGUCAGGGACUCAGCAUUGCAGGCUUUACACGUGUGGAAAAGGUUUCCCGGCCCUGGUACAUCUGAACCUUCUGAAGCAGGCUCUUCCAUAAAAGAAAAUCGGUAUAAAGAUGAUUAUGGUGAUAUAACAAGUGCCAGUGAGUCAACACUGAAGGAUGCCACACCUAAGAAAUUUGGUUGUGACUCGGCUAGAAACAAGCUUCCCCUUUCUUUGAGAAAAGCAGGCCAUAACCAUGUCGAAAAGCCUCAGCACUGCGGAACUAAUGAGUGGCAUGUGGAGAUAGCAGUUCCGACAACACGUAAGAUCUUUAUGCCAGAAGUUAGGGAUGGAGAAUCAGAGGGUAGUUCUGUUAUGAAGGCAUUUGAAAAAAGUGCUGAGACUAGAAGUUCUCAUGAUGUUGAAUAUGAAUAUGUGCACAUAGAUGACAAACAGGAGUGCUCUUCUGGGUCAAAUCUGUUUCCUGAUAACUUUCAACGCAAAGAAGUCAUGGGUUCUAUCCAGAUAAUUGAUGAGGCCAGUUUGGGUACACCAUUGGGAACAAGUCAGCGUUCUGCAGUUGAAGAAAUCAGUAUUGAGGAACAACGAUAUUUUGAUGUAACGCAGGACCGAAGAAGCUUAGAUUCAACAACUACUGAAUUGAGCUCUCAAAAAUUGCAUGGCUGCUGUUCUCAUGUAGCAAAAGAAAUGUUAUCUGUCCGAAAGCAACUCUUGGAUAUUGAGAAUAAGCAAUCCAAUUUACUAGAUUUAUUAAAGGAGUUCACAACCAACAUAGUGGAUAACCUGUCAAUGAUGCAAAUGAAGGUGGCCGGUCUUGAAGGCAUGGUUGAUAGAAUGGCCAGUGAACUUUCUUAUGGAGGGAGAUGUCCUGAUCCAUUGGCAACAAAAUUUAUGAAAAGAAGUCCUUCUGUUGCUUCCCCAAGACUCUCCACGUACACCCCAAGGCCAUCUGUUGAUAUACAUCAUAGGAAGUCUCCGCUACUGCCCACCAAAGACAUGGAUGUUCAAGAGGAAAGGACACUUGUGAAGAGUAGAUCGAGCAGUUUUAGAAAGCAAAAUCUAGAUAUGUGGACUGAUCCUGCUGCAAAACAAGGUGGAUAUCCUGUUGGAAAAGGAGUUCACAAAAAUAGUGGACAGGGAACUCAUGGAGGUCAAUUGAGGAGAAACAAUGAUGUCUUCAGCAGGAUUUCUACAACUAAUGCCAAACAACACCAUGUAGAUGUCAAGAACAACCUCUGGAGAGUUGUUAAAGAACAUCUGUUGGAAGGGGAUGUAGACUCUGCUUAUGUGGAAGCUCUUUAUUCUGGUGAUGAACUUGUUUUGUUUGAACUUAUUGAUACAACAGGUCCGGUUCUGGAGAAUUUAUCGCAGAAGACCACAAGUGAUCUUUUGGCCACUUUGGCAUCGUACUUCUGUGAACAAACAUAUGUGAAUAACAUAAUUCCCUGGCUGCAAAAGGUGGUGGACCUGAGUUCCGUCCAUGGACCAGAUUGCAUUGCCGUUUCUUCAAAAGCAAGGCGGGAGUUUCUUUCUGCAUUUCAGGAUGCGAUAAAGGGUGGAUAUUCUACCCCGGCAGAGAGAAAAUCUUUGAUGCAGUUGGCAAUGACUUUAAACCAGAUUUGGGGAAAAAAUGCGCCAUAACAUGCCAAAAAGGUUGCAGAUAUUCUGUGCUUGAAUUUGGAAGCAGGCUUAUAGACUUAAAGCAGCAAAGAAUAGAUGUGGGGAAAUGAAUCUUGAUACUUGGAAAGACUCUUUUCUUUCUUUAAAACUUUUCAAAACUUUACCUGAAGUAUGGCUGUAGAAUGAAAGGUUCAAGUUUCUAGCAUCAAAACUGUUUCCUGAAUUUGUGAUCUCCUUGUUCAUUUCUAAGCUUACUUGAAAAUGCUGUUUAAACAUUGGAACGUCAGACAUAUCAGCCAUAGAUGUCAACCAUUCAUUAGGUGACAUUGUACAGUUGAAAUUGAACAGUUAUUUCAUGUCUUUCCUUC